UGUUGCAUAGUGUUUAUAUCGUGAAUGUGACGUAUGAUAGCUACGUCAAGUUACGUUUCUCGCUCUUUGUGGGGAUUCAGAGUAGAUUUACUUGACAUCUCGACUAUUAAUAUUUCAUAUCCGAUAUUUGGAAGUCGAUUAACGACAUUUCAGGAUGGGCGUAAUUUUUUUGGAGCACAUCGGAGGUACUCGCCUGUUUUCUUGCGCUUCCUGUGACACCAAUCUUACAAACAGAGCUCAGCUGAUAAGCACGCGUUUCACGGGCGCCACUGGCCGUGCUUUUCUCUUUAACAAAGUCGUCAAUUUAAAUUACAGCGAGGUACAGGAUAGAGUGAUGCUGACGGGUCGUCACAUGGUCCGAGAUGUCAGCUGCAAAAACUGUGAUGCUAAGCUUGGGUGGGUGUAUGAAUUUGCGACAGACGAUAAUCAACGAUACAAGGAAGGCCGUGUCAUCCUGGAGCGUGCUCUGGUCACAGAGACUGACGGAAUGGGCGACAAUAUUUACUAUCCUACAAAUAACAGGUCAUAGGAUAAAAAAAUAUAUAUCAUAGUCAACAUAUAAACAAUUGUUCUCUUUUUUUCAUGUUCCUUCGUUAUUUGGAAUGAUUUUAAAACAUUGUUCUCCGAAUGUACAACAAUUCAUACACGCUGUUCGAUAUUUUUGUAACCAUAGAACGUGCUCUGUCCUAUGAUAUUAAGCAUUAAUAACAAUCUACUUUUCUAAUUUAUUUUUCAUUCAACAUGUAUACUAUAGUAAAUCUGAUUGAAAAUAAAAAUUGUG